GGCUGCGCUGAAGCAGCAGCAGUUCAGCUCUCGUUUUCUGCUGUGCUUGAGAUCUUAACGUGACGAGCGAGUGAGGUUGUGACAGAAGCCUGAUGCUGCAUUCGUGAUAUGCACUGCCCAGCGUGAGAAGCAAGAAGCCCUUCUCCUCCUCCUCCUCCUCUUCAUCUCGCUUGCCUGUGUCACACUGUGUCUGGACAGCCCUGGUUUCAUUCAGUGAGGAGGCGACUGAGUCGUGGACUGUUUUAUGGCACUUUUUUGAAGAGCCUGAGCGAGUGAAGAGAGCAGAAAGAGCGAACCGGAGGAGCAGGAGAUCCGGAGCAGCCUGCAGUCGCUGAGUGUUGCCGUGGCUUAUGGCGGCAGGGCAGGAUUGAAACGCAUCGGCUCGCUCUCUCUUCUGUUGUUGAUCGCUCUUCUGUCCGGUCAGAGAUGGGUGUUCUGGGGUGCGGCGUGCUCAUGUUUGCGCUCUUCUUUCAGUGCCAUAGCCGCAGUGUCCAAAACCCCGUGUUCAGGUCCAAGAGGUUUCAGGACAGGGCCUGGUCAGACCCCAAUGACUGCUCGAGGACCAGACAGCCAUUUGUCCUGUCCAAUCCUUACAAUUUUUCCCUCGAUAUUCGCAUUCCUGGGGUGAUUCCAACCGAGUCCGACAGCUACUACUGUAUGGCUGUUCCUGUCCCCACGUCAUGGGAGGCCUACAUAGCUCCUCUAACUGAGUCUCUGUGA